AAUGUUUCACUUUCACCAGAGCAUGAGCACUCACAUGCAUACUCAGUGAGCAGUGUGAGGGUUGGGCUUGUUGGCGUGCUCAGCUCUCAGUCCCUGGACUUAACCUCAGGCCACAGACCGGACUGGAGGUCUCUGCCACUCGCUCAGCGCCGUCUACCAUGAUCCUCUACCUGCUCUUCACUUUUCUUUUCCUUGGUGUUGUGGAGUCACAAAAAGCCAACCGAACUAAGGAAGAGCUGAGCAAAGCUGAGGGGAACCAAACGUUCAGCGUGUCCACGGAAUAUAACAGUACGAUAGAAGCAGGCAAUGUGACAUCCAGAUUGUACAACAACAUAAAGAGUCACAUCGACGAUGAACUACAAAACAACCAAACAUCCUUUCCCAAGGAGGACGAUGAGAGUUUUCAGGACCAGGAAACGAACUACUCAGGGAUACGGUGCAAUGAGUACAUGCAGGUGGAAUUCAGCCGCAGCAUCUGUGGUACACAUUUCUCCAAGAAAAUGAUGGAAGUCAGCACAGAAAACUGGUGUGACCUGGAAAACAUCAUCAAACCCUACCACGAGCUAACACUGUGCUUGGAGCAGCUGUCUGUUUUGGCUGGCUGCUAUUACCCAAACUCCAAUAUCCAAGACUUCUUUCUCGUCAUCCACUCCCACUACUUCCAGAACUGUACUGAGGAGCUGCUGCUGCUUGAGGAUGCCCCUCACUCGCUGGUGAUCACCCUCACACUCAUCUCUGUGAGCCUCAUCCCCAUCCUGGUUUAUGUGGUAGUUUGGAAAAGUAAGUUCCAAGAGUGAGUCUUGUUACACUUGCGCUAUCAUCCCACAACACUUCAAGUCGCUGUACAUGUUAUAUAUAAAAAACUGCUCCAGAAAGUGCUGCAUAUGCUUUUAUUGUGUAUGUCAGUUUGGUCGUAAACUAAAAGUUAAGUUAUGAAGCUAUGAAAUAAGGACAAACACUAAGUCUAAAUAUGAGCUUAUUGAAAUUUCUUCACUUUUAUAGAUAAAACUUUAAAAUGGCCAUAUAAUGUUUGGUGUUUUGCUGCUGCUUCACAGUCCAUAACUGUCUUUGACUCACAGACAUCAGCAGAUGCUUGGCACACUACAUGGCCAAAAGUAUGUGGACGCAAUAACGUCACAUCAGAAUGUGAUUGCUGAUUAUGUCAUUUUAAAGCCAGAGAUAUUAAUCUGGUGCUAUAACACCCUUCCACCAAUGUGGAAAUGUCACUGGCCUGAUCAUCCACUGACAUUGGCCAGUUCCAUGUCAUUACAAAGGUGCUGGCUGAGGUCAGAAAUGGUUUUCCCACACCAAAUGGGAAGCCCAUUUCUUCAUGGUUUUGGCUGGCUUUGUGCAUAAGGGCAUUGUCUUGAUGCAACAGGGAAGUGCCAAACACUAAGCUGAGAGAACUCUGUUGUCUAAGAUGCUUAGCACCGAGUCCUCCCUUUGUUAGACCUCAGGGACCUAAGCAUGGGAACUCCCUAAAACACUGAUAGUAGAGGACAAAAUGAAUAUUGCCUGACUAUAGUAUGCUGUUUAUACUAUAGAGUACCACAUCACUGGCAGAUCAACUCCCUGAACUACCUGCUGUAAUAUAUGAAUUGCUAUCUUCAGUAAAUAAAGUUUGUAAUGUGUUGUGUAUUGAUUUCACAGGCUAAUAUAGCUGUUUGCUAGGCUAACACUAACGGCACAGUCUUUUCAGGAAUAUAAAAGUUACAUAACUGGAGAUGGUUGAGGAUGUUUUGUAAUUAAUGAUGUCUUUUUGUUUGUAUUAGAGGAUUUGAAUUCCCUUACAUUUUAGAUUGUUUCUUAAAACUUGUACUAGUUUUUUUUUUUUAAUCUAGGCAGCAAAUGUCAGAUUUUUGCAGGCACCAGAAAGACAGAUGGUGAGUGUGUAAGUGUACAGUGCAAACAAAAAGUGUGUUAUCAAAUCUGGGUUCCUGGGGUGGCAGAGUAAAAUUUCUAAAACAAAGUACAUUCACUUACAUUUGCUGUGUGUGUUAACUUUGUGAGGACCAGAGUUUCAAACCUUAAAUGUCAGGGCUCUUUUUAAUAUAAAGCAAACUGUCCUGUUUUGUGUUGGGAUUAAAAUGUGGUUUCAAGAUUAAUGCAAAAUUUAGACUAGAGAUUAGAGCGAGUGCUCACAAUAAUCUCAUAAUCUACUGUG